CGGGCGGUAUGUAUCUAUUAUAUAUUUUGGCUGCCUGAUCAGAGCGGUGCCCCAAGGGCGCCAGACAGCUAAUCGCGCAGCAGCGAGCAGAGAGACAUGCAUCCCUGCAGGACCGUGGCACUCAUAACACUCGCAUUUGUCAAGUGCCACGCUCUCACGCCAAAACGAGUCCUCGUCGUGGGCGGCAGCGGCCGCGUCGGCGCGUCGACGGUGCGCUGGAUCAACAGACUUGGUAAGGCCGAGCAAUUGCCGGUCGAGCUCGCCAUCGGCGGGCGCAGGCGGGCGUCAUUCGACGCCGCGGCGAAAAGACUCGGCGCGAAAGGCGUCGACGACAUAAAAUUUGUGCGGCUGGACCUCGACGACGCCGCGAGCCUCGAAAGAGCCGUCGCGGGUCGGUCGUUAGUCGUCCACACGGCCGGCCCGUUCCAGCAGCGGACGGACCCGACCCUGCUGAAAGCAUGUAUUGACGCAGGCGUUCCGUACUGCGACGUCUGCGACGAGCUCGAGCUGAGUCGAGCCGCGAAGAAAUUGACGAGCGACGUCCCGGCGGUCAUCUCGUGCGGCAUCUGGCCGGGCGCGUCGGCCCUGCUCGCGGCGCGCGCCGCGGAGCGCCUCGGCAAGCCGCUCGACGACUUGGAGUUUUCGUUUUUCACGUCGGGCACGGGCGGGGCCGGGCCCACGAUCGUCUCGGCGACCUUUUUGCUCCUGUGCACGCCGGCGGCCGUCUACGCCGACGGCGCGGUAAUCGAGAGGGAGCCCUGGACCGGAAAGAGGACGACCGACUUCGGCCCCGGCGUCGGCGCGCGCGACGUGUACCUCCUAGAUAACCCGGACGUGCCGACAUGCGCGGAGGCGCUCGGCGCGCGGUCGGCCUCGUCGAGCUUCGGCACGGCCCCGGCGUUCCGGACUGCGUGGAAAUCAAAUUUCGGACGCCCCGCGCCAUCGACGCGACGCUGUCCGCAAUAGUUCUCAUUGUGACAGGUUCUGGAACGACCUGUUUGGCGCCAUGAAGCUGCUGCCGCGAUCUCUGCUCGCGGACCGGGGGGCGAUGCAAAAUCUCGCAGAUUUCUCGAUGCCCAUCAUCCGCACCGUCGACGCUCUGGUCGGCGGCAUCAACGCGAUGCGCGUCGACGCGAAAGCGGCGGACGGCGAGGCCGUGACGCUUCGAGUCGCCCACGGCGACCUCGAGGACUGCGUCGGCCAGGCGACGGCGGCCUUUGGCAUGGAGCUCCUGCGCGGCGGCAUCGCGCCGGGCUGCUGGUAUCCGGCCGAGCUACCGGUAGCCGCGCGGGACCGCAUCCUAGCUGUGGUAGAGGAAGGCGCCAUCGUGUGGGAGGUAUAA